AACAUUUUUAUAUCCCAAAACUGCAACCUGUCUUGUGUUUGUGGCUUGCAUUCAAUCUGCACCCGUGAACUCUAACUCAUUCAUUCUCGUUCAUUCUCUAAUUACGACUCCCCUUUCCACCUAAUGCCAUUAAGCUGUAUAUAAACGGAAGCCCAUUCCACUCCGUUACCAAUUCCAUUUCCUCCCUUCAAAUGAUGUCGAGACUUCAGCGGCCUCCUCCUCCUCCUCUUCUUGUUCUUGUUCUUGUUCUUUUGCUGAGCCAGAGUCUCACCCUAACGCACUGCCAUACCAAGGGACUCAAACCCAGGAGCUCGCCCAAGACUGCUCUUCCCGAGAAUUCCACCACAACCCAAUUCUCAGAGCAGCAAUUUAUGAAAUGGGUCAAAUUUGUCGGCAGUCUCCGACACUCUGUUUUCAGAACGGCGAAGAACAACCUUUUUUCUUCUUAUACUCUCCAUGUGGCUAAGAAUCCGGCUGUCGGGGACUUCACGUCGAUCCAAGACGCCGUCGAUUCCCUCCCUUCAAUCAAUUUGGUCAGAGUCGUCAUCAAGGUUCAUGAAGGUGUAUACACAGAAAAGGUGAACAUACCCCCGUUAAAAUCAUUCAUAACAAUCGAAGGAGCAGGCGCAGACAAAACGAUUGUUCAAUGGGGGGACACCGCACAAACACCAGGCCCAAAGGGGCAGCCAAUGGGGACUUACAACUCCGCAACAUUCGCAGUAAAUUCCCCUUAUUUCAUAGCCAAAAACAUCACAUUCAAGAACACAACCCCUGUUCCAGCACCAGGGGCAAUCGGGAAACAGGCGGUGGCGUUCAGAAUCUCGGCGGACACAGCAGCAUUCUACGGCUGCAGAUUCUUGGGAGCUCAAGACACACUAUACGACCAUUUGGGUCGGCAUUAUUACAAGGAUUGUUACAUAGAAGGGUCGGUGGACUUCAUAUUCGGAAACGGGCUGUCUCUGUUCGAGGGAUGUCACGUGCACGCAAUAGCGCAGAAUGCAGGGGCGUUGACAGCGCAGGGGAGAAGCAGCCUGCUGGAGGACACAGGGUUCUCGUUCGUAAACUGUAAGGUCACGGGGUCUGGAGCGCUAUACUUGGGGAGGGCAUGGGGGCCCUUCUCUAGGGUCGUCUUCGCUUACACCUAUAUGGACAACAUUAUUCUCCCCAAAGGCUGGUACAACUGGGGCGAUCCCAGCCGCGAAAUGACCGUGUUUUAUGGGCAAUACAAAUGUACAGGCGAAGGAGCUAGCUUUGCCGGCAGAGUUUCAUGGUCGAGAGAGCUCACUGAUGAAGAAGCCAAGCCCUUCAUUUCCCUUACCUUCAUUGAUGGCUCUGAAUGGAUCAAAAUCUAAUUUAUUAUUAUUAUUAUUAUUAUUAUCAUACACAUUUUAAUUAUUACUCAUUAAACCAUAAUACAUAUAUAAUACGGGUUUUGCCUGUAAUCUCUUGUAUUUAAUCAAUAAUAAUAUCAUUUUUUUUUCUCU